GUUUGUUAGUUUCAUCGGAGCAAAAUUAGAAAAGAAAACGGGAUCUAAUAAUAAUAAAAAAUAAUAAUAAGGGUUUUUAUCUUUCAGCACCCCCUCCCUUCACCUGCUGCUGGCCGAGAGUACCUCUGAGUGAGUUGCUUUCAGAUUUUAGUGACUGCAGUGGAAUUACUCUAAGGUUUUUGAUGGUUUGCUGAAGGAUCUUAUUCGGCUCGAUAAUUACUGAUUGAAGCUGCAAAUUUCGAUAAGAUCUCCAGCUGAGCCACUGCCGCAGUUGAGAUUUCAGAGUUCUGUUGCUAUAUGACAACAAGCCCAUAGAAACGAAAUGGAUUAUUCAUCUGAUGACGAGCCCUUAGUUUUUAAAAGGAGUUCAAACUCUGAUAAAGGAAAGCAUUCUGGUCAACAAAAGGCUACUCCGGUGGUUAGGCAGGAUAAACCUUCCUCCAAGCCUCCUACUCCUAAGCUAAAAGAUGACUCUGAGGACUCUGAAGAUGACAAACCGUUGAGUUCUAGAAUUUCAAAUGUGUCCAAGCCAAACUCCAACCAUGUGAAAACUGGAACCAGCACAAGUACAUGUCAACGUCCAAAACCACAAAUAAAAAGUCAAGAUGAGAAACCAGCGAGUUCUAGAAUUUCAGGUGUACCUAAGGCAGACUCCAACAAUGUGAAAUCAGGAAGCAGCAUGAGUGCAUCUCAACGCCCUAAACCACAAAUUAAAAACGAAGAUGACAAACGAUUGAGCUCUAAAGUUUUGGCUGCAUCCAAAGCAAAUUCUAAUCAUGUGAAAUCAGGAACCAGCACAAGUGUGCGUCAACAUCCAAAAGCCCAAGUAAAAAACGAAGAUAGCAAAUCAAUGACUUCCAGAAAUCCAAAUGUACCCAAGUCAAAUUCUAACCAUGUGCAGCUAGGAACCAGCACGGCUGCAACUCAACGUCCUAAACAACAAGUGAAGAAUGAAGAUUCGGAUGAUGAAAAAACUUUAUCUUCAAAAUUCACAUCCAAAUCUUCAUUGGAAGCAUCUACUAACAAUCAUGAUGAUUCUGAUGAUGAUGAUAAACCAUUAUCAGCAAGAGUUAAGCAAAAUGGUUCUGCAUCGAAGGAUAAUAAUCAAGUUAAAAAACCGAGUAUUGGCUUGAAUAAGAGACCUCCGAAUGAGGAAAGAUUACCUGGUCAGUCAUCUGUUAAAAAGUCAAAGCCUUCAGAUUCCUCCGCACCAGUCAACCGUAAGCCAGCUCCUGUCAAACCGGAAGCUGAUUCAGAUGAUGAGAAUGAUCAUGUUCCUAUAUCCCAGAGAAUAAAGAGUCAAACCCCAUCCAGUAGUAAAUCAUCAUCUGUAAAACAAAAGGUUACGAAAGUUAGUUCUUCUUCAACGAAAACCUUUAAGAAGACAAAGAAGGUGGAGAAAAAGUCAAACUACUCUAAGUCGUCUAAGGUUCCUCCUGGAUCCGGUGAAGGACAGAAGUGGUCAAGCUUGGUUCAUAAUGGUGUAAUUUUUCCACCACCAUACACGCCACAUGGGGUUAAAAUACUCUACAAGGGGAAGCCUGUUGAGUUAACUCCCGCACAGGAGGAGGUUGCAACGAUGUUUGCGGUGAUGUUAGAUACUGAUUACAUGACCAAACCGGUGUUCAAACAAAAUUUCUGGAAUGAUUGGCGGAAGAUACUAGGAAAAAACCACACGAUCCAGAAUUUAGAUGACUGUGAUUUCAAACCAAUAUAUGAAUGGCAUCAGAAGGAAAAGGAAAAGAAGAAGCAAAUGACUACAGAAGAGAAGAAGGCCAUAAAAGAAGAAAAGAUGAAGCUUGAGGAGAAAUAUAUGUGGGCAAUGGUUGAUGGCGUCAAAGAGAAGGUUGGAAACUUUCGGGUAGAACCUCCUGGUUUGUUCCGAGGGCGCGGGGAGCAUCCUAAGAUGGGAAAGCUGAAAAAACGUAUCCGUCCAAGUGAUAUUACAAUAAAUAUUGGGAAGGGUGUCCCAGUCCCCGAGUGUCCGAUUCCUGGUGAAAGCUGGAAAGAAGUUAGGCACGAUAAUACUGUGACUUGGUUAGCAUAUUGGUAUGAUCCAAUAAAUGGUAAAGACUUCAAGUAUGUGUUCUUGGCCGCCAGCAGUGCCCUAAAGGGUCAAAGUGACAAGGAAAAAUACGAGAAGGCAAGGUCGUUAAAGAAAUACAUAGAAGGCAUCAGAAAAGCUUAUACCAAAGAUUUUGGAAGUAAGGAUCUUACAAAGAGGCAAGUGGCAGUUGCAACAUAUCUAAUUGAUAAAUUAGCUCUCAGGGCAGGAAAUGAGAAGGAUGAUGAUGAAGCUGAUACAGUUGGUUGCUGCACAUUGAAAGUAGAAAAUGUCGAGCCUGAGCCUCCAAAUAUUCUUAAGUUUGACUUUCUUGGUAAAGAUUCCAUAAGAUACCAAAAUGAGGUGGAAGUCGAGCUUCCAGUGUUCAAAGCAAUUCAACAGUUCCGAACAGGCAAGAAGGGUGCUGAUGAUCUUUUUGACAAGCUCGAUACUAGUACAUUGAAUGCCCAUCUAAAGGAACUCAUGCCUGGUCUCACAGCUAAAGUAUUUCGUACAUACAAUGCAUCCAUCACACUGGAUGAUAUGUUAAAUCAGGGCACGACGGGUGGAAAUAUUGCAGAAAAUGUAGUUGUUUACAACCAAGCAAACAAACAGGUUGCAAUCAUUUGUAAUCAUCAACGUAGUGUUUCAAAGUCUCAUAGUGCACAAAUGAUGAAGUUAAAUGAGAAAAUAGAGGAACUAAAGGGUGUUGUACAAGAACUGGAAAUUGAUAUGUCUCGUGCAAAGAAAGGGAAGCCUCCAUUGAAGGGUUCCGAUGGGAAGCCAAAGAGAAAUAUGGCCCCUGAAGCGAUACAGAAGAAGAUUGAUCAAACUAAAGCAAAGAUUGAGAAAAUGGAACGGGACAAGGAAACUAAAGAAGAUUUGAAGACAGUAGCAUUGGGCACUUCAAAAAUCAACUAUCUUGAUCCUAGAAUAACAGUGGCAUGGUGUAAGCGUUCUGAAGUUCCCAUCGAAAAGAUUUUUAACAAGUCUUUACUGGCAAAGUUUGCUUGGUCAAUGGAUGUGGAUCCUAGCUUCCGGUUCUGAUCUCUAUCAUAAUUCUAGCAGAGGAACUCUACUAGCCGUAAAAAAAAAUUUUAAAAAUAAGAAGAAAAAAAAAAGAAAAAAGAAAUGGAUAGAAGGAAACAAUGGUUUUUAUUAUUUUUGUAAUUUCUCUUUUUGUUUUUUUUCUUAUGUAGCAACUUUCGCGGAAAAUUCAUGUUGUACUAAGAACGCAUGUUAAGACAAACUAAUGAUGAGUUACUUUAAGCUUGUGUUAA